GCUAAGCACAGCUUUAUUUCUGCUUUCUCUUCUCCUACUGUUCUAGAUUACCUAGUGCAAAAGCCCGUCUCUUGUUCAUAUUGUGUUGAAUCAGCCGCCAUCAUGGACCAAGAAGGGAAGAUACGCAAGUUGAAGGCCGAUAUCGAGAAGAGCAGAAUGAUGCGGGAUAAGGGCAUACAGAUGCGAUCCUUGCUCCGGGAUCGCAACGGUAUAGCUCAGUGCGAAGCCGAAAUCUCACAGUGUCAAAAGUUCAUUGAUUAUUUCACCGAGGAACUUCAUCGAUUGGAAACACGCUCAAGCAAAUCCUCGACUAGGUCCGAUGAUACCCAUGAAAACCUACAACCUACAACCCGGGAAGUGACGCAAUCCCCUGUACAAGGCAUACGGCUGCCACGAUCCAGUAGUAUGCCUGUGAAAGACGAAGUUGAAAAGAAGAAGUACACAAACCUCGACCUUCUUAUGACCGACACACCUUACAAUAAGCCAAAGGUGUCGGUAAAAUUACAUGAGCUUGAAUACAAGCUGGAUGUGGAAAAGAAGGUCCUGACUGGAAUCAAGACCAUGGCAGAAGUCCUUGACCGAGAACCCUCUCUGAGCGACAAGCGCAGAAGAGCGGAGGUCCAGGGCCAACUAACAGAAAGUAUUGAAAAGCUGAGUUUGCUUAAACGUGCUUUGCGGAAAUACAAGCAGCUGUAUAUUGAUGAAGGAGAUGAUGAUGACUAUGAACUCGAAACUGCCCCCUCGGCACGCGUCCCACCUGAUCUUCGUCGCCCGGUUACCGGAAAACUCCAGUUGCAACUUAUAGGCGCCAGAGAAUUGGCUCACGCACCCACUAGCAUGAUUAAAAUACCAGAUACUGUUGUACACAUCAAAAUUGAUGGAAAUGUUGUUUACCGCACAAGACCUUCUCGUAGUGAUCGAUGGCUUGAGGAGUAUGAAAUACAUGUGAACAAGGCAUCCGAGGUUGAGAUCGCCAUGUACGACCAGGCCGGCGAGCGUAUUUUGCCUAUUGGUAUCUUUUGGCUCAAGAUUACCGAUAUUGUUGAAGGUCUUCGAAAGAAGAAGGUUCAACAGGAGAAUGGUCCCGGCUGGGUCAAGGCAGAUGUACUCCAUCAACAGCAACACAUUAGUGGCCAUGACUCGGGACCGGCAAGUCCUCAACUCCAGGCUACCCCAGUCCAGGAAACCCAGUCUGGCCAAGAGGGUAUCGAGGCCUGGUUUAAUGUCGAGCCUCAAGGAGAAAUGGCCUUACGUCUGAACUUUGUACGUGAGGCUGGAAACCGUCGACCUCUUGAUAAGCUUGGUCGUGCUGGUGCUGUGCGUCAGAGAAAGGAAGAGGUUCAUGAAAUGAACGGUCAUCAGUUUGUGGAGAAGAAGUUCUACAAUAUCAUGAAAUGUGCCUUGUGUGGCGAUUUCUUGGUUAACAGCGGAUUCCAAUGUGAAGAUUGCGAGUACACCUGUCACAAGAAGUGCUACGGACGAGUUGUUAUUAAGUGCAUCUCAAGAUCUGUAUCAGAAACCGACUACGACGAAGAUAAGCUCAACCACAGAAUUCCUCAUCGAUUCGAGCCCCUCACAAACAUCGGUGCCAGUUGGUGCUGCCACUGUGGCUAUAUGCUCCCAUUUGGCUCCCGCGUUGCCAAGAAAUGUUCUGAAUGUGACAUUACUUGCCACAACAAGUGCGCUCAUCUUGUGCCUGACUUCUGUGGUCUUUCUAUGGAAAUGGCCAAUCAGAUGUUAGCUGAAAUCAAGGCGGCUAAAAGAAAAACAACCGAUGGUGCAAUCACCCCUUCAACCUCGACUGCUACCAGUGCCAAGCCCCAUCGUAUCCAAAGCAACGAAGAAGUGUCUCCUGUUGAACAUGCUGACGACGAUUACUCUGUUAAGCCUGACUUAUUGAGCACACAAUUGUCUCACUUGUCAGUAGAAACACCUCCAACAUUACCUCAGAAGUUACCUGUAGCGGAACCUGAGAGCCCUGUUAAUACCUCUAGCCCUGGUUCUCCUCUUCUAACUGGUGCAAUGACACCUCCACGUAUGAGCAUGCCCAGUUCCCCGGGACAGCCCGUCCCCAUGACACAUGGACAGGGUUACCCCAACUAUGCUAAUCAAAGACCCCCUCAGCAACCUCAGCAUCUUCAGUACCCUCAGCAUCCUCAACACCCCCAACAUCCCCAGCAUCCUCAGCAGAAUCCUUAUGCACCAAUCGUCAAUCCUGCUGCCAGACCUCAACAACAAUAUCCUACAGAGAUGGCACCAAGAGUAAGUAUAGGGCCUCAAGCAAAGCCUGUCAAGCCUGCAGCCCACAAGGCUGGUCUGGACGAUUUCAAUUUCUUGGCUGUUCUCGGCAAGGGUAACUUUGGCAAGGUAAUGCUUGCAGAGGAGAAGCACGACAAGAACUUGUAUGCAAUCAAGGUGUUGAAGAAGCGUUUCAUUAUUGACAAUGACGAAAUUGAAAGUGUUCGUUCAGAGAAGCGUAUCUUCCAGGCUGCCAACCGUGAACGCCAUCCUUUCCUUAUCGGUCUUCACUCGUGUUUCCAGACUGAGUCUCGCGUUUACUUUGUUAUGGAGUACGUGAGUGGUGGUGAUUUGAUGUGGCAUAUCCAGCGUGAACCUUUCUCGGAGAGACGUGCAAAGUUCUAUGCAUGUGAAGUACUUUUGGCUCUUGAAUACUUCCAUAGUCAAGGUAUUGUCUACCGUGAUUUGAAGCUCGACAACAUCAUGCUUGGGCUGGACGGUCACAUCAAGGUAGCCGAUUAUGGUCUAUGCAAGGAAAACAUGUGGUACGAGCAGACUACAGGCACUUUCUGCGGCACACCCGAGUUCAUGGCACCUGAAAUUUUACUGGAGCAGAAAUAUGGCAGAGCUGUUGACUGGUGGGCCUUUGGUGUGUUCAUCUACGAGAUGCUGCUCGGUCAAUCGCCUUUCCGUGGUGAAGAUGAAGACGAAAUCUUCGAUGCAAUCUUGGAAGACGAUAUUCUUUACCCUAUCAACAUGUCUCGAGACUCUGUUUCUAUCUGUCAGAGACUCCUUACACGUGAUCCUGGUAAUCGAUUGGGUGCUGGACCCAACGAUGCCGCUGAUAUCAAGGCCCAUCCCUUCUUUAGGGCCGUCAACUGGGACGACAUGCUUAACAAACGUGUACCACCACCUUUCUACCCCACCAUCACUGGGCGUCUUGACACGUCUAACUUCGAUGAGGAGUUCACGCGUGAACGUCCUGCACUGACACCUAUUAACUCCAAUAUGACACGCGUAGAGCAGCAAGAGUUCACAACGUUCUCUUAUAUUGCUGAAUGGAUCGAGACAUAAAGAGAGCAGCGAUCGUGUAUAAUAAAGACCUCUCGACGCAUUAUGAUUUUUUACAUUCAGAAAAUAAAGAAAUUCUCCGGGUAUUCCCCAAUUUGUCCAUUC